AUGACGGAUACAGCUCGCUGGAAAGCCACAGUCUACGUCGGCGGCGUAGCUUCCCUGGCUAACACGGGCAACAUACACGAUGCCUUCAUACCGUUCGGGGAGAUCGCCGAGAUAUCUUUGCCCAAGAACGAUGCGCCCAACGCGACAGAACAUCACAGGGGUUUCGCCUACGUCGAGUAUGAGGACGCUGAAGACGCCAAGGAGGCGAUCGACAACAUGGACCAGUCAGAGUUUUUCGGUCGCGUACUGAAGGUCUCUGCGGCCAAGGCUCCCAAGAGCGCCGAGGAAGGGCUGGGCAGCAAGACAGCAGUUUGGCAACAGGAGAAAUGGCUAGCUGCGAAUGCUGUCAGCGAAGAGGACCGCAUGGCAGCUGCCGGAGCUGAAGCUGUUGACGGCAAUGAUAGACCUGACGACCCUAUGCAGGGCCUCGAAGGCCUGGACGUUGCUGGACCAAGACCGGAAUGA